CUUAAAGGGUCAUUCUACUUCUCGUUCCCUCGAAUGGAAAAGUUGCCAAAGGUUAUACAGCCCAACUCGAACAAUUCUGUAAAGUCUCCAACUUCAAAAAGUUAGGCUUCGGAAGGUAAAGUAGAUAACACUCUGCUAAAAGAUUCUGUUCUCAAGAUUAUUCUUUCACUUUUAUCGUAGUAUUGUUGAGCUUAAGACAAAAACAAGUGUGCUCUUCCGAAAUCUGAUUCGAUCUGAUGGCUUCACUGUGGACUUUUUAUUUAGUCGUAAGAAGAAACCAAAAGAAGACGCCAUCAUUGAUCAUCAUGAGUUGACGUUAGAAGACUUUUCAUAUGAAGAGAUCACGGCAAACUACAGACCCGCAGUUGUUGAUCCUGGUCGAAGACCGUAUUUACAGCAGCGAUCGGGUUAGAAACAGAAAGACAUGAGAUACGACGCUGCUCAACAAAAGAAUAUUACCACAUGACGGUUAGUACUUGUAUCAAUACAGAGUUAGAAAGGAAAAAAGCCAACUGUACGAUGAAAGAUAUAGAAAGCAAUAUACCGAGAUCCAAAACAGGCUCGCCUGAACAGUAUGAAAUAUAUACUACUUAUAUACUGCAACAUUUAGAGACUCUGUUCUCAUUCUAUGAAAGAAUUACGGAAAAAAGAAGGGCAAACCUAAGCGUAAUAAAAGGGAAAAAAAAAAGAAGAAACAGAAAGAGAAAGAAGAAGAAAAGCAGGAAGUAGAAAAGAAAGAGGAAGAGAGCCACGUUCGGUAAGUCUUGUAGCGAUUAACUAUCAACUGAAUUUGUGUAUACUCACUCUACUAU